AUGCCUAAGCUAGUGCUGUGGCAGGAAAGUGGAAAUCUGGACGAUGCCCAGGUGUCUCAUCAGAAGGAAAAGCCAGCCAGCUGCCUAAAAGCCAUCUGGAAGCAGAGAUUCCACAGAGUGGCCUUCAGAGCUGUCCAACUCCUUUGCUUCAGUGUCUUGAUCUCUGAACUAACAAAUAAAAAAGAAGUGGCAGCGUGGACCUAUAAUUACAGUACGAAAGCAUAUUCAUGGAAUAAUUCCCGGGCAUUCUGCCAGAAGUACUUCACGGACUUAGUGGCUAUCCAGAAUAAAGACGAAAUUUCUUACCUCAAUAAUGUCAUACCCUACUACAGCUCUUAUUACUGGAUUGGGAUCCGAAAGAUCAAUCAAAAGUGGACCUGGGUGGGAACCAAAAAGCUUCUCACUGAGGAUGCUGAAAACUGGGCUGCCAAUGAGCCCAACAACAAGAGAAACAACCAGGACUGUGUGGAGAUUUACAUCAAGAGCUCAUCGGCCCCGGGCAAGUGGAAUGAUGAGCCCUGCUUGAAAAGAAAGCGGGCACUGUGCUAUACAGCCUCCUGCCAGGAGAUGUCCUGCAGCGAACAAGGGGAGUGCAUCGAGACCAUUGGCAACUACACCUGCUCCUGCUACCCUGGGUUCUAUGGGCCAGAAUGUAAAUAUGUCAGAGAGUGUGGAGAAUUUGAUCUCCCUCAACACGUGCUGGUGAACUGCAGCCACCCUCUGGGAAACUUCUCUUUCAACUCAAAGUGUAGUUUCCACUGCACUGAAGGGUACCGACUGCAUGGACCCAGCGAGCUGGAGUGUUUGGCUUCUGGAAUCUGGACGAAGAAGGCCCCACAGUGUGUAGCUGCCCAGUGCCUGUCCCUGAAGACUCCUGAACAAGGGAGCACAGCCUGUCUUCCCUCUGCAAAAGCAUUCAAGCACCAGUCUAGCUGUCCCUUCAGUUGUGAAGAGGGAUUUGCAUUAGUCUGGCCAGUGGUAGUGCAUUGCACAGCCUUUGGGGUGUGGACAGCCCCAGCUCCAGUGUGUAAUUCUGUGCAGUGUCAGCACCUGGAAGCCCCCGGCAAAGGAUCCGUGGACUGUGUUCAUCCACUUGCUGCCUUUGCAUAUGGCUCCAGCUGUAAAUUUGAGUGCCAACCUGGCUAUCGAGUGAAAGGCUUUGACACACUUCGCUGCAGUGGCUCUGGCCAGUGGACCGCACCUUUGCCGACCUGUGAGGCCAUUUCGUGUGAGCCACUGGAGAGUCCCAUCCACGGAAGCGUGGACUGCUCCAUGUCCUCAACAGCACUUCAGUACAACACCACCUGUAGCUUCCGCUGCACCGAGGGCUUCGUGCUGAGGGGAGCUGACAUAACUCGGUGUACUGGUUUGGGACAGUGGACAGCACCAGUCCCAGUCUGUCAAGCUGUGCAGUGCCAGGAUCUUCCAACUCCAAACAAGGGCCAGGUGAACUGUUCCCACCCCUUUGGCACCUUUCGGUUCCAGUCAGUCUGCAGCUUCACCUGUAACGAAGAAGGAUUGGUCCUGGUGGGAGCAAGAGUGCUACAGUGCUUGGCUACUGGAAACUGGAGUGCUAUUCCUCCAGAAUGCCAGGCUAUUACCUGCACACCUUUGCUAAGCCCUCAGAAUGGAACAAUGACCUGUAUCCAACCUCUUGGAGAUGCCAGUUAUAAAUCCACAUGUCAAUUUAUCUGUGAUGAGGGAUUUUCUUUAUCUGGACCAGAAAGAUUGGAUUGUACUCCAUCUGGACACUGGACAGGCUCCCCACCAACAUGUAAAGCCAUCAAGUGCCCAGGACUCUUUGCCCCAGAACAGGGCAGCUUGGAUUGUUCUGACACUCAUGGAGAAUUCACUGUUGGCUCCACCUGCCAUUUUUCCUGUAACAAGGGCUUUAAGCUGGAGGGGUUCAACAAUGUGGAAUGCACAGCUUCUGGAAGAUGGUCAGCAACUUCACCAAUGUGCAAAGGUGUAGGAUCGGUUCCUACUCCAGAGGUGCAGUGCCCAGCCCUCAUUGCUCCUGGGCAAGGAACAAUGUCCUGUAGGCAUCACAUGGGAACCUUUGGUUUGAAUACCACUUGUUACUUUGGAUGCAAAGCUGGAUUCACACUCAUGGGAGACAGCUCUCUCAGAUGCAGACCUUCAGGACAAUGGACAGCAGUAAUUCCAGCAUGCAGAGUUGUCAGAUGCUCAGAACUGCGCAUUAAUACGCCAGUAAUGAUGAACUGCUCUGACCCCUGGGAAAAUUUCAGCUAUGGAUCGACCUGCACCUUCUAUUGUCCUGAGGGUCAGUUACUUAAUGGCUCGGCAAGAACAACGUGCCAGAAGAAUGGCCACUGGUCAACUCUCGUGCCAACCUGCCAAGGGGGGGCAUUGACUAUCCGGGAAGCCCUGACUUACUUCGGUGGAGCAGUGGCUUCUACAACAGGUCUGGUAACGGGUGGGAUACUCCUGGCUAUGCUAAGAAAGCGUUGCAGACAAAAAGAUGAUGGGAAACGUCCCUUGACUUCUCAGAGCCCCCUAGGAACAUAUGGAGUUUUUACAAAUGCUGCGUUUGACCCAAGCCCUUAA